AGUGUCAACAUGGCGGCGGUGGACGUCGUCGUGUGCAAUUUGGUAACUCUUUGGAGGAUACCGGCCGUCAGAAACAAAUUCCCGUGGAUGUUUUUGGUCAUUUCUGUCGUGGGCUCCAUUCUUAAAGAAUCCCAACUCGUGCCGGACACUUACUUCAGCAGCAGCAGAAAUGUCCUCAACGUGUAUUUUGUCAAGGUGUCGUGGGGUUGGACGCUACUGCUGCUGACUCCCUUCCUCCUCCUCUCCAAUGCAGCCUUUAGCCGCAACGCCGCCUUCCUGGCUAGACGGCUCCUCUCGCUUGUGGUGGCCACGGCCGUGUGGUACUCAUGCACUCAGACCUUCUUUUACAUCGAGGAUGCGACCGGCUCAUGUUUUAAAACGGUCUCAAUGGACAGGAUUGAUAACCGGUUUGCGUCCAAAGCCGAAUGCAGGCAGGCCGGCUACUUCUGGCACGGCUACGACAUCUCGGGACACUCCUUCAUACUGACCUACUCGGCCCUCUUUAUUGUGGAGGAAACGGCGCCCAUGGCGUGCCUGAAGACUGCUAGCUGGUCGGCGCUACAGAGGGUAGUCCUCAACUUUUUGUACGUGGCGCUCAACCUCCUUGUCAUCAUAUGGGUGUGGAUGUUCAUCUGCACCUCGGUUUAUUUCCACGACCUUUCGCAUAAGGUGCUGGGAACUGCGACUGGGCUGCUGGCGUGGUACUUGACAUAUCGCCUUUGGUACCAUAAAUCCUGGUCGCCGGGACUCCCGCCGCAGCGCAAACUCAGAGAACAGAAACGGCACCCAUAA